AAAUUGUUUAUUUUAUUUUGGAAGUAAACAAGGCUUUCACUUUUUGUUUUCGAGGGCUUUUUUUUUUUUUUUUAUCUGCUUUUCAACGCUGUCCAUGCUGCAACAAGAGUCGGAAAUCACCGCCAAUGAAACCUGCACCAACAUGCAUUGUGACACAAGGCUGUUCCAAACAGCGAGUAGUAGCAGACAAAGGGAGGAGGAAUUGGUGAAGGUCGAGAUUUCCAAGGGAAACCAAUUCGCCAGCCUCGGAUCCGCACCGCCAGCGGCUCAUGCAGCACCUGCACCAGUAGCUGCGCUGUCGACAUCCAUCAGUCUCGAAUCUGGCAACCUCGCACCAGCCUCAUCCGUGUCCGAUUCACUGUUGUCCUGUUCCUCCUCUGCCGUAUUCGCGCACAGCAACACGUCCGCCGUAGCCCCGCCCAUCAUUCCCCAACCGUUGUCCGCGGCGCCUCAUAUUGCCCACUCGCCACCUCACAGCGCAAUGCCGUGUGCCUUUCCGAGUGCUCAGAUCGCUCCGAUCCCCAGCACCGAAACAAGCAGCGGAGCAUUUGAAGCGAAUACCACGCCGCUGGGCGCUGGAGUGCGAGGGCAAGUCCGAGCCCGCUCGCCGUCGCCCAGCCCGACACGUCUGCACUCGACCUCGGCGUCCUCGGAUGCAGACACACUCCAGCCGCACGAAACCAAACGCGUGUGCCUGGCCGAAGCCGAGAACACCGCGUCGGACUCGACGAUCACUAAUCGUUACGGCGCUUUCGGGCGUCAUGCAAUUUCAGCUUACGUCGCUGCUUUUUCCCAACCCGCAAUCCCGACCACACCUCCCUCCACCCAGCUUGCUCCCGGCACCGGCUCCGUGGACAGUGUUGGCAGUAUGGACGUCGCGGGGAGCGCAGGUCGCUCUGCGAUGCCACAUACCGAGGCUGACGGCCAGCUAGGGCGUGGACAACAAGCCGCCCCCGCAUCAGCCACAAGAUCAAUCUCAGAGCAAGCGCGGCCCUCGUCGUCGUCGCCCCCAAGCCUCCAGAAGCCUUUGGCAAUGUAUGCUCAGUCUGCUACGACUACUAAAGCUGCUGCUGCUACUGCUGCUGCUGCUGCUCAAGUGCAUCUCGUGGGCAGCAGCAGCAGCUCGGAAAGCGUGGGGGAAAUCUCCGUGGGUCAAGCCCAGCCAGCCGUGCCACCGGUCGAUCCGCCCACCGCUCAUGGCCCUGCACUCGGAGGAGAGACUGCAGCUAUAAAUGCUGGGGCGAGCAGUGGCCAUGCCGCAGCGUCGAGACAGGGAAACGUGUCACCCGACACCGGGCUGCAUCGUCUUCUUGCUGUGGCCCAGCAAGAGCAGCAUCAGCUCCAAGCAGCUGGGCAGCCCACUCUUGCUAGCCAAUCGCCACCUUCAAUGCAGCAGAACUUGGUCCUGGCACCUGGCCGACACUCGCCUCCGCGCCAUUCUCCUCAGCAACUUGUGCAACAGCCCGCAGCAAUGGCUCCAGUGCCUGUCAACGCCCAACCCGUGGUCCAGCCACAGCAACACCAACAGGUGCAACAAGUACAACAAAUCAUGCAACAUCAACAUCAACCACAGCAGUAUCGUAGCUACCAAAGUUACCCGAUGCAUCAACCACCGCAGCAACCGCUUCAACUUCAACACCCGCAACCAAUGCAGCAACCAAUGCAGCAACCGAUGCAGCAACAACAACCGAUGCAGCAACAACAACCGAUGCAGCAACAACAACAGCUGCAACAAGUGCAACAGCUGCAGCACCUGCCCGGAUUCCAAUCGCAAAUUGUGCAGAGCGUUUCGGGACAGCUCUUCAUGAUCCCCGCUCAUCACAGCAACGAGCCUUCGCAACCACCGCUGCCUCAUCUGCUUCACCCACAAGUGCAGAUCCGCCAGAUUCAGAUGCCCCACCAACCACCUCAUACGUUGUACGCGCUUCAGACAGUUACGGGCAUGCAGUACUUUACAGCACAGCCGACCCCCAUCAACAUGCCCCAAAUACAGCCACAACAGUUGCCGCAGCAGCAAUAUUCGCCCUACGGUCAACCAACACAGCCCCCGCCCAACUAUCAAGCGCAACCGCAGCAGCCGAUGCAAGUUAUGCAGCAUAUGCACCAGCCCUUGUUGCAACCAGUAGUGCCUCAGCAGCACCAGCCGCUCCAGCCGCUCCAACAGCACCAGCAGCACCAGCAAUCACUCAGCUUCUCCUCUGGCUCCAACAGCUCGCUUCCCAUGGUUUCAACUCCGCUCAGUUCCAGCUUUGGCAGCCCGCCCGACCACUCUCAGCAACACUGGCUCCCGCAAAUGUCUACGCCAGACGCCGCGCUUGCACCUCUGACCAGCGCAGGAAGCAGUCAACCAUUCAGCCCAGCUGUGGCGGACACUUUCCGGAGCUACGGCGACGCAAAAGAUACGGGCGAUGCAGAGAGCGACACCGUUGACGAAGGGGUGGGCGAGGAUGCGUAUCCUGCCUCUCAUGUUGUUUUUCCGACAACUGGCAAGAGGCGCCGGAAAACGUCCACCUACGACACCGGCGUUUCCAGUGUUGACCUGAAGGAGACGAGUCGCAACCGCCGCUCCUUUGCUUCGCAGGGAUCGUCUGUGACAUCGCUCCCAGAGCCCAUGCAAAUCAUGCUGGACUCUCCGCCACAGCUGUCUGACACGCCGAGUCUCGUCUCAAAAGCAACGCCAAAGGUGACUGCCAAGCCGCUCACUGCACGCAAAACGGCAUCACAGGCCGCGCAGCCAAAGGACAAGGAGCCGUUUCUUCAUGUUUGCGUCGCGCCUCCUUCCCUCAUCGAUUUGUUUGCAAACUCCAAUACGUAUCCCAUGUACGAACACAAGACGGACAAAUCGCUGCUGCCCUUCGAAUGCUUCCGGAAUUCGUCUCUUGAAAGUCCUUUCUUUGUGCGCCUCAUUCCUCGCGAAAACGAUCUGCCAAUCGUUCACCCUCGCCUCGGAGGUCUGCGCUUGUCGGGAACACACGUCCAAAACCUCUUCCUCACCGAAUACGGUCGCGGCGACAAGGAGGCGGUCUGGCGCAUUUCUGGCAAUGUCAAUUCUCUUGCUCUCACCGUGCUCGCGGUCGAUGGCAAGCCCAAGUACGUGACGUACACGGCCCGCGAGCGAGUAGAUCGCGGCGCUGCCGGCUCAGCCCGACGCAACCGCGUCAUCCGCCUGGUGCAUGAGAUUAUUUCCCCCGACCAUUCUGAUGAGCCACUGCUGAUGCUCGUGCUGUGCAUUAACAACCUCGAGACAGAAAUUGUUGGGCAUCCCGCGGGAGUGGCGUUGAACGCUCUCACGCGCUGGAUUCAACGCAACCGAAAUGCUCGUCGCUCGGACGACGAGUAGCCAAAGUCUUUGUUGCGUCUUUUUGUUGUUGUUGUUGUUGUUGUUGUUGUUGUUGUUGUUGUUGUUGUUGUUGUUGUUGUUGUUGUU